AUUUGUUGGCUGAUAUGUUUAUUUUGUUGGCUUACCUGUUGCUUUUGUUGGCUGAUAUGUUUCAUUUGUUGGCUGGUAUGUUCCUUCGAUUUGCUGAUAAGUACCUUUUGUUGGCUUAUAUAUUCAUGGCUAAUAUAUUCUUUUUGUUGACUGAUAUGUUUUUAUUAAUGUUUUUAAUGUUGGCUGAUAUCAAACAUGAAUUGACUGAUAUGUUACUUGUAUUGGCUGAUGUAUAAAGUAUAUACAAGUACAAACUGUUUUUAUUUCAUUCUCUCUCCUCUUUCCCCCUCUUCCUCUCUUUCUCUAUCUUUGUUUCUCCAUAUCCCCAAAUAAGAAAUGAAACAAACAAUUCCCCCAACUACCGCCCAAUAUAUAGCCACCAUCAAACCACCAACGUUGAUCCUCAAUUGCCGCCCAACCCUCGACCAUUAGUGUUCACAACAUCGCACCACCUCCAACCGAAACCACCACCAAAGGCGUCGGUGGCCAUCGCGGCGAUGACCGUAAGAAGGCCGUCCUUUAAUCCGUCAAAGCCGACCUUCAAUUCCCCGUCGGUCAAAUCAAUUGUUUCCUCAAAAACGGCUGUUACGCUCAACGUCUUAGCUCCGCUUCCCCCGUUUACCUCGUUGUUGUCCUUGAAUACCUUGCUGCUGAGAACAGAGAAACAAAGAACAAAGGAUGAAGAAGAUGGGUUGUUUUUGUGGGUGUUCUGGAAAUUCAAACAAGAAAAAGCGAUCAGAAAACCCUAAUCAUAAUCAUAAAGAUUUUGUCAAUUCUAAUUUUAAGAAUAAAGCCCAGGAUCGUACAUCUUCUACUGCAGACGAAUCAGCUGCUAAGCAACAAUUGAACUCCAGGAGGGAUGUUAAUGCAAGGAAGGAGGAGGCUAGGGAAGUGGUUAUUCCAUCUUCGGAUGCUAGACCGACGGAUGGUAGGGUGUCGGGUGUGACAGAUGUUACCGUCGAAGGUGACCCUAGUAGGUCCAAGGCACGGACGUUUACAUACCAAGAGCUCGUGGAUGCAACCGAUAAUUUUCGAUCAGGCUUCCUAGGCGAGGGUGGCUUUGGCAAAGUCUAUAAAGGGAAAUUAUUGGAUACUAGUGAGGUGGUUGCCAUCAAGCAACUUGAUCGUAAUGGAGUACAGGGUAUCAGAGAAUUUGUUGUUGAAGUGUUGACACUUAGUCUAGCUGAUCACCCUAAUCUUGUGAAAUUAAUUGGGUACUGUGCUGAGGGUGAUCAGAGGCUGUUGGUGUAUGAGUACAUGCCACUAGGAUCCUUGGAAAGCCAUCUACACGACCUCCGAAAUAAACAGAAGGCUCUUGAUUGGAACACAAGGAUGAAGAUAGCUGCUGGAGCAGCUAGGGGCUUAGAGUAUUUGCAUGACAAGAUGAAGCCACCUGUAAUAUACCGUGAUUUGAAAUGCUCAAAUAUCUUGCUUGGUGAGGGCUAUCAUGCUAAACUAUCGGAUUUUGGGUUGGCCAAAGUGGGUCCAGUUGGUGACAAUACUCAUGUCUCGACUCGGGUGAUGGGUACAUAUGGUUAUUGUGCACCAGAUUAUGCAAUGACGGGUCAGCUGACUUUUAAAUCAGAUAUAUACAGUUUUGGUGUUGUUUUAUUGGAGCUUAUCACAGGAAGAAAAGCAAUUGAUAACACAAAAGACGGCCGUGAACAGAAUCUGGUUGCUUGGGCAAGACCAUUGUUCAAAGACAGAAGGAAAUUCUCUCAAAUGGCAGACCCAGCACUUCAAGGCCAAUAUCCCUCAAGAGGAUUGUAUCAAGCUCUUGCAAUCGCUGCAAUGUGUGUUCAAGAGCAACCUACUACAAGGCCUUUCGUAGCUGAUGUGGUCACAGCUUUAAAUUACCUUGCUUCUCAGAAGUAUGAUCCUGAGACGCAUACUCCCCACCAUCGAAGAACCCCAUCUUCCUCCAACAAUAAAAAAGAUUAUCGUGAUAGUAAGAAGCCUGAAGCUGAAGACAGCCGAAGUGAGAAUGAUUCAGAAGACUAGAUGGAAUAUUCAAAUGAAGUAUAUCCAGUAUAGUUCUUGCAUAUUGAAAGAUUUUUAUUUUUUUUGAUAUUGUUCAUACGAGUGGGCGCUCUGUUAUCGAAUUUUGUAACGCUCAGAUAACAGGUGUGACUUCAACCAUAUUGACAGGACCGGAGUUUCUCCACCUCUUCCGCUCUGCUGUGUACAUGUUUGACGUGGAUCGUUCUUUUUCUCUUCUGUUUUUUGUAUGUAAGAAUUAAGAUGCCUAUACUGUAGUUCUUACAUCAAUAAUAAUGAUUGUAGUUCUUACAUCAUGUUCCUCUGUUUUGUCAUCUGAAGUCCAGUACUGGAUCAAACGUCCCAUCUAGUAACUAGUUCUUCCUGAUAUUGGCAUCUGCAUAUGUAAGUGAAUGCUGAUUUGAAUAAUAGGUGAUGGAGUAUAAGACGGGAUCCAGAAUACUGUAAUAUGGAGUAGUAUAUAAGUUGGAGCAGUAAUGCAGUUUGAAGGGUUGCGACCCCUUACAUGUUCAGAUUCAUGAGAAGGAUGGUAAUUGCGGAAGUUUUUGUACUGUAAUUGUGGAAGUUUUUUGCAUUGUAAAUUUGUAACUGAAAGUUAUGGAUGGUAAUUGCGAAGUUUUUUGCACUGUAA